AUGGAACCAUUUAGAAAGUAUAAAAAUAAUUCUGAAGGAAAUUCCAAGUAUAACAGUAAUAUGCACAGUACAAUGCUCAAUACUAUACAUUGUCCUAGAUUACUAAAUAUUCCACUUAUUAGUUGUGAUGAUGUGGUACUCAAUAGUGUUGUGAAACCAGAAUUUGUACAUGAUACAGAUCGUAAUAAUCAUUAUCAAUAUUUACAAAUAGGAGCUAAACGCGAAAAAAUGAAUGCCAUUCGUCGGAAUUAA